AUGGCGGACGAGUCGCCAUUAGCGAAACAGGCGUCGGGCCGCUCGGAUUACUCGACAGACGCUGACGCGGACUCAGCGUACGAAGCCGACGUGGAGGCCGCUGCUGACGUGGACUCUAUGGUGCAUAAUCGACGGGCUUCCCACCGCGACUCGGACUCGAACUCCACUGGCCUCUCCGACGCGGAUUUCGACCUCCCCGACUCGGACCGUGACGCGCUCGCGUCGCCCUCCCCCGCCGCAGAAGCCGCCACGGAAGCCGCCGCGGCGAAGGCGAAGGCGAUGGAGGGCGAUUCGGAGCUGAGCGAAGAGGGGGGGGAAGGGGGGAAGGGGAAGGGCGAGGGCGCGGGGAAGGGGAAGGGCACGGGGAAGGGGAAGCGGGGAAGGAGGUGCGGGAAAUGGGAGAUCAUUUGCUGGGUGGGGAUUGGCGCUGGGGUGGUCAUGACGGGGAUUGGACUCACAAUGCUUGUCUUCUUCCUCUCGCUCACCCAACAGGAACCAGUUUUGACUGUAGAGGGCGUUGAUAUAGUCCGCCUGAGCAUCUCAAUCCCUUCCCAAACCAUCAAGAUGCCGAACCUAGACCCCAGCAUGGUCACCGUCCCGAACCUCGGAGGCUCAGUUCCCAGCCUUGGCAGCGUGCCGAACCUCGACAUUCCGAACCUGGACCUGUCGAACCUAGACCUGAAGAACCCCAACAGCCUCGGGAAGACCCUUCAGGACCGGCUUUCCAAUUUUGGAAAAGAGGUUUCUGAACUCGGAAAGAAUGUUAGUCAAAUCGGCAAGAAUGUGACUCAAGAGGUUUCUAAAGCUGGGAGGAACGUUUCUAGGGAGGUCUCUAAAGACCUGUCGCGGAUCGGGGGCGAGAUUCAAAGGGCGAUUCAGAACAAUUUUGAAGGGUUGCGGGUAGAUUUGAAUGCGCAUGUUAACGUGACUGCGAGCGUUUACAAUCCGAACAGCUUCGACGGGAUCGUCAAUUUCAUGAACAUGGGUAUCUACCUGUUUGGCAUCCAUGUCUCAAAUAUCUCGAUGCCAGCGUUCGAACUGGGCAAGAAGCAGACAAAAAUCGCCACCGUGCCAAUCGUGGUGAAGAGCUUCCCACUGCUCUCCACGUCCUCCUCAGUGCAAGUCAGGAGCCCCAUCGCUUCUGCUCUGAGGGAGCGCAAAAUUAAGAUGCAGACUUUUAUCAACACACAGGGCAAAGUGAGGGUAUGGGGAAUCACCUCUCCCACUUACAAUGUCACCGUGAUGUGUGUCAUGACGGUGGACCCCAGUGCGGAUGUGAUGACCAAGAAGGAAUGUGGAGCCAAGCCUACACAAGUGUAG